AUGGAACAAGAUCGUAUAUUUUCGUAUUUUACUGAUCCUGAUUUACCCAAUGGAUUUGAACAAAAGAAUGUUAUUAUUCAAAGAGAUCGUUAUGGAUAUGGUCUAACAGUAUCUGGUGAUAAUCCUGUUUAUGUAUUAAGUGUACGAGAAGGUGGUGCUGCACACCGAGCUGGAAUCAAUGUUAAUGAUCAGAUCAUAAAGGUCAAUGGCACGCGUGUAACGCAUUGUACACAUAUUGAUGUAGUCAAUCUAAUCAAAUGUAAGUUUGUUUUUUUAUUCUAUAAUUAA